AUGUUACUUUGUGGACUUGCCCUCCUUCAGCUUCUUCUGUUUCUCGGCGAGGUGAUGAGUUUGGAUUCUGCCUUCGAGACGUGCCAGCUCUGUGCGGAGGAUCGCCCUGUGAGAGAUAUCGUGUGUCUCCACGAUCACUGGCCCUCCCUCCCGCGUGACCCAGCACGAGACCCUCCUCCAUCGGCUCUGGCAACGCACCGCUGCUGCAUCUAUUGCGUUGUCCGCCUCGCUGAGACACAGCGGGCUCAGCUUCCUGACUAUGUUGAGGGUCGGGCAUGUAGCCUUCAUCAGGCGGGCUCCCUCUUGGCGACUCCCCCGCCCCUCAUCGAGUGUCCCAAUUGUCGACACUACUUCUGCCCGGAGUGCAUACUUGGUGUCUCCGAUGUGUCGGCUCUCGUUCUCGCCCCCGACCCUCUCCGGCCUUCGCCCCCUUCCUCUGGUGACCGUGUGUGCCCGGGAUGCUCUCUCGCACGGCCGGUUGGCCAGGAGUUUCGCCAUCUACCGUGCCGGGCCUGCAAUUCACUCGUUUGUGGACCUUGUGUGGAGGCAGAAGAGUCUGCCCGCCGGAACUCCCGCACGGUGCGGAAUGAGGAUCAUUGCCCUUUCGCAGAGGAACCUUGGCAUGCGGCCGUUUUGGAGCUGGAAAGGGAAUGGGGAUGGCCUCCCUCCUCGUGGGAAGGAUUCGCUGAGGGCCGCCUCUGUGAGGAGCGCUUCCAUCUACCAGUAACGCGCCUCCUGACGAUCUUUGACCUGCUGGUUGGCCCGCUCGGCACCGGCUAUUCGCGUGACGAUAAUGCCGCUCGGAUCCGGGCGAAGAUGAGCAGCGGUGAGCUCUCCGAAGACAUGGUGCGUCUUGCUUUGGCGACCAUCGCCGUCGAGAGCCCCAUGCGAGCGGCUGCGCUGCGCAGCAUGAUUUUCCCCCCUCGCCUUCCCCCUUUCGCUGAGCUUCGGCAACGGGGUGGCCUUCUUCACUCCGCCAGCUUCAGCAUUACGUUCCGGUUUGUCAACGAGGAGGUACGGACGACAACUGCCUGCUCGAGGCAGCACUCCGCCAGUUGGGUCAAGGACGGCUUCGCCUUGGCGACAGGCAACCGGAUGACCUCCUUCCCGCCCCUCUCCCCGGACCGGCAGACCUCCGCCGGCUAG